AUGAAUUUACUCGAGCUUCGGGGCCGGCCUCUCGUCACCUUGAUCUUAGCCGUCUCCGGUAUUGACUUCUUACUGUUUGGUUACGAUCAAGGUCUUUUUGGUGGAAUCCUUGCCGGUGAAAGAUUUCAGAAUAUGCUCGGAAACCCUAGCUCUACCAUGACUGGACUCGUUACGGCCAUCUACGACAUCGGCUGCGCAAUCGGAGCCGUUACCGCCUUCAUUUUUGGCGAGCAAUUGGGCCGUAAACGUUCCAUCAUCUUGGCAAACAUCAUCGUCAUCAUCGGUGCAACCAUUCAGACUGCGUCCUACAGCUAUGCACAGAUGUUCGUUUCCCGCAUCAUCGCAGGUGUUGGCGUGGGACUCAGCACCGUUGCCGUUCCAAUCUUGCAAUCUGAGACUCUGCCCGCGCACAACAGAGGCGCUCUUCUGGUGGUGCAGUCCGCCCUCAUCAUUAUUGGCGUGGCCGUGGCAUCCUGGCUUUGUUUCGCAACCCUUUUCACCGAGAGCUCAAUGCAAUGGCGUUUUCCCAUAGCCUGCCAGAUACUAUUUUCGUUGAUCGUCCUCGUACUGUGCCCUUGGAUUGUAGAAACCCCUAGAUGGCUGGCGAAGCGCGGCGAGGUGGAUAAGGCGCGUUACAUCCUCUCGCGCCUGCUCGAUAGACCUGACGAUGAUCCGGAGGUGUCUGGCCAGCUGAACGAGAUCCUGGACGCCAUCGCUCUCGAGGAAGAAGAUGGCGAGCCUUCUUGGGGCGAGGUGUUCAGCAACGCGACAAAGUCUCGGAACUUGCAGCGAGUGUGCCUUGGCAUGGGCCCUUAUAUGAUGAACCAAUGGUCGGGCAUCAACGCUUUGUGCUACGUCGCCUUCACUCAAUACGCCGUCUUCUCGUGGCCUCCAUACUUCUAUAUUGACCGCAUCGGUCGUCGUUGGAGCAUCAUGCUGUCCUCGGCCGGUUGCGCCAUCUGCAUGGCUAUCGUGGCAGGCUGCCUCGCCGUGCGGACGUACACCAAUGCCGCCGCGGCCGUAGCCUUCAUGUUUCUCUACCUCGACUUCUUCACUUCCGGCAUCCUACCAGUAUCAUGGUCCUACUCGGCCGAGAUCCAGCCCCUCCGCGUCCGCAACAAAGCCACCGCCGUCGGCGUCUUCUCGCACUGGAUGUCAAACUUCGUCGUCGUCAUGGUCACCCCAAUCGGCCUCGACAGCAUCGGCGGCCACUACUUCUGGAUCUGGGCCAUCAUAUGCGCCCUCUUCAUCCCGCUGAUCUACUUCUUUGGCGUCGAAACUUCGGGCCGCUCGCUCGAACAAGUCGAUCAGAUGUUCUUUGACGAGCCGCGGCUGUGUAUGGGGUUGAGUCCGAAUCAUCGCCGCGUUAUACGGUCGUCGGCGGAGGAUGAGGAACAGAGGUACUCGACGUUUGAAAGGCUGCAUGAGAAGGUGAAGGGGGUGGAGGUGGUGGAAGAUGGAGCGACGAGGUGA